CCAGACGUAAGUCCAUUGAUAUAAAAAUGACGUAAUGUAUUAUUAUUUUAAUCAAAAAGCAGACUAUGGCUUCAUUUUUUUCAUCAAACCCAUAUUCCACGCCCGUGGGUCAGAGAAUUGAACGAGCAACAGAUGAAAAAUUGGCGUCCGAGGAUUGGGCAUUGAACAUUGAAAUAUGCGAUAUAAUCAACGAAAGCGACGAAGGACCGAAAGAUGCUAUCAAAGCAAUAAGAAAACGACUUUCUACACCAAAAGACUUCAAAGUGAUCAAUUUCACCUUGACAGUCUUGGAAACAUGCGUCAAAAACUGUAAUAAAAGAUUUCAUAUAUGUGUUUGUAAUAAAGAUUUUUUAUCUGAGAUGACGAAGCUCUUGCAACCCAAGUACAAUGCACCUGUAGUUAUUCAAGACAAAGUUCUUGCUCUUAUCCAAACCUGGGCGGAUGCCUUCAGGGGAAAACCUGAUCUUAUUGCUGUUGUAAAUGUUUACGAGUUGCUGAAAUCACAAGGUAUACAAUUUCCAGCACAGAACCUUGAUACAUUUUCACCUAUCUACACACCAGAAAGGUCUGUUCCCGAGGAAAGAGAACGAAGUCCGACUCACAUAUAUAUGCCUGCCGUUACAACUACUGCCCCACCACCAAGCAGACCACCUCAACCAUCACCUCAGGCUGGAUGGUCCAGAACAAUAUCGCCGGAGAAAUUAGCCAAGUUGCGUUCGCAGUUGGAUGUUGUUCAGGGCAACAUACAAGUUAUGUCAGAGAUGUUGCUGAACGCCAGUCCGGGUCAGGAAAGUCCCGAUGAUGAGCAACUGCUUAAAGAGUUGAACAGUACUUGUCGUGCAAUGCAGACGCGCAUCGUACAAUUACUCAAUCAAGUUGGUAACGAAGAAGUGACGGAGGAACUUUUGCGUGUCAACGACGAUCUGAACAACGUGUUUAUAAGAUACGAUAGAUAUGAAAGAAAUAAGCAAGGGAUGGCUCAGUCCAGACCCCCACCUGUUUCUGUACCGUCGCCACAGGAACUCGGUGGUGGAUCAUCUACCACAGAAACUGGAACCAGCCAAGCGUUAAUCGACUUUGGCGAUGAUGAUGUAGAAACACAACCAAACUCUUCUCGAGAAAUGAGCGAAAGAAUGGCUCAAGAUUUCGGAAAUAUGACUGUUUCAAAUGGAAAUAAUGACGACGAAUUUGAUAUGUUUGCACAGACGAGGCAAAACACCUUUGAAGACAGCAGGAAAACCGGUUCAACGUACGAAGACAACACAUCAGCGUUACCAGACCGCACGUUGGCUAGCACCCUUCAAGAUCAAAACUCCAAAUCAAAACCGAACGAAACCAGUUCCAUCGAAGGUAUCGAAGAUUGGUUAAUUCAAUCCGAUCUACCGUCUCAAGAACCCACCGGCAAAGAAACAUCGAUGACCAGCACAGAAUUCGACGAUUUUCUCCAACAACGGGCAGUGUCUGGUGGCUCACGACAAAGUACUAAAAGAUCUGAUCAUCCUGUCAAGAAAGACGUCGAUGAUUCCGAUGAAAUGUUCGGAUUAUGAAUAACAUGAUUAUCGGAUAACGGAUAUUGAUUACAUAAUCAUAGGAUAAUGGUGAAAAUUUUUGUGUAUAAAUUGUUCCUAUGUAAUGCAUUGUAUUAAUCGUUUUGAUUGCAUUUAAUAAAAUGCGUGCAAUUGAA